AUGGAUAGGAACGACGCAGCAAACGCCUUGCUGUUCAUACAACAGCAGCAACAACAGCAGCAAGGAGGGCCACCCAACCUAGAAAAUCAAGGCGGAAUUCAAAUUAACAACAAUCAAGCACAGCCUCAAGACAACAUGGCGGCGCUCGUGCAGGCCUUGACGGACGUUAUGCGACAGAAUGCAUUGAUUCUCGAUAACGCCCAAGCUAACCAGAAUCGGAAUUAUAGUGUUUUACCAGACCUGUCGCACAACAUCGCUGAAUUUGAUGGACUUACAGGGCCGGGACAUGCUCGUGCAUGGUUGAAGCAGCUUGAGUCGACCGCGACUUUGCAUAAGUGGACGGAAGCUGUAGCCUUUGAGACGGCGCGAAGCAGAUUGUCGAAGGCAGCGAAAAAUUGGUAUUUGGCAAACAUCGACGCCAUUACGAACUGGCAGCAAUUCCGACAGGCGUUUGCAAAUACCUUUAUGACACAGAAGUCUUUAACGGAAAGAUUCCAAGAAAUGUCUAAUCGUACACAAGGUCAAAACGAAAACACGGCAGAGUAUUAUUUUGACAAAAUGCGCUUGUGCAAGGCUUUGGAUCUCGGGUUCGAAGAAAUUAAAACGCAAAUGGCAAUUGGAUUGUGGUCAAGAACAACUGCUACCGCCAUUUUAAGCCGCACGCACUUCGACGCAGAUGAGCUGUUACGUAACAUCCAAGAGCUCGAAGGAUUAGAAGCUGCCCGAAAACAGCGCAUAGGCGCGAAAUCAUACGCCGCGCAGCGAGCUACGGCCAACGGACAACGACAUGCGACAUCUAAAUCUUCGGCACAGUGGACCGGCAAUGCAGCAGGAAGCAGCGGAGCAACAGGUGCGGUCAACGUCAAGGAAGAGCCUUCGGAAGAAAAACCAGGUGAUGAAAAAACCAAUGUGAAGUGUUAUCGUUGUCGCGAGCGCGGUCAUAUUUCUAAAAAUUGUACAGUUAAACGCGAGACGAAAUGUUUUAAUUGCGGUGAAGUCGGUCAUAUCUCGAAAGAUUGCUCGCGGCCUAAGAAGUUAUCCGAUGCGUCUUCUUUUCUUGUCAAUUCAUUAGAUAACUCGAGCGUGGAAAAGUAUAGGAAAGUCGUGGAGUUAGAUGGCGAGCGAUUUGAGGCUUUGAUUGACGCGGGAAGUUCGGACUGUACAAUAAAGGCGUCUCUAGUACUAGCAAACCAGUUUUCUUUUGUUCGUGCUGUGAACACACUUGUCGGAUUUGGUAAGGUUGGCAACGAGGUAAUUUCUCCUGGUGUGGUAAACGUGCGCGUUCGUGUAGAUCAGUUUCGAUAG